CAAAUACCGCGAGCGAUGUGCACCGCGCGUCCCGCGUGCAUUUUUGCUACUUAAUCUAACGAGAAGACGGGCUGACCGCGAGCGAGACUCACAACAAGUUCUUGAAUUGGCAUGCACUUAAUUUCCAGUGAAAUGACUGGCCAGGCUCCUAGUCAAGCUGGUCCCGACGUCAGCAUAUCCGAGCCGUGUUCAAUUUCGGAUCCAAACAAGACCAUCGACGCUAUCGCCAAGAAACUCUCAGUUUACCUUGCGGCCAAACACAGCCCGCCGUUCACAGCACCAGCUGGAUUUGAUGAUGCCUUAAAUGCCCUCGAGUCACCAGACCACAUCGUGCAAGUCUUCCUAAGUCGAGGGUUUUGGUGUUGGCUAGCAUAUUUCCUAGCGACCAAAGAUCCCAAGACUCAGCCGCCUCUAUCCUUGUCUGGCAUUCCGUACGACAGAAUGUCUGUCAUUGCUGGUCUCGUAUCAGAAGCGCCAGUAGAUGAUACUCUCGUUAAACGUAUUCAGAGCACGCUCUGGGUCGCUAGGCGAGGGUCAACGCGCCGUUCGGACUUGAGUAAGGCGGGCAUUUCCGGCUUCCCUCCCCGUCCUUCAACCAUGCCUGUGUCACACCCCGAGGCAAACUCCUUCAAGCGACCUCGUGGCCAGUUCCUCGACGAUCCCGAUGAGCCAGCGCAGGUGGCUCAGCGACCCAGACUGAACAACACAAUCCUAGAUACAACGAUCCCAGUAUCUCUACCAGCUGCGGGCCAGCCAACACAAGAGCUUCAUUCACUGGAUCACAUAAGCCAACCGAUGUUAAAAGUUAAUCCACCAGAUGGAUACAAGUGGCCCGACGCUCGCAGAAUACCAUCGGUUUUCCCCCCAGAGCUCGGUGACAUGAUUGCUCGGAACGGUCAUAAAGCCUCAGUCUUUGCGUUAUUCCCCCCCGAUGCAGCCAAAUGCCGUCUCCUCCUGAAUAUAGAGGCUGCAAAGGUGUCGCCCCUUGUAAUGAGGCUCUACGGCAUACAGAUUGUUGAGAUAGAACAACAAAGGGCUUUGGCCUUGCCGGGCGGAGUAAACGCGAUAAUAUCCGGCUCGGUGCAAUUCACAAAGACAAAGCUCAGUCUCUGGGGUGAACUUUUUGGAGACUUGAGUAUUCAGGGGGUGCAAAACAGCCGAGGGUAUCUGGACGAAGCGGCGCGAGGUAUCAUGUUAUCAAAAUGCCUAAGUAUGGAAGUGCCCAGUGCGACUGAUCAUCCGGCCAAAAUCACCAUAACGAUAAACGAGUUCGCUCUGAAUGAUAUAAUUACCAGACUCUGGCUGUCUUAAGAUCAGUUGCGCUCUUUGUAAUUAUUUUUUCCGAAUCUCUCCUCCGGUAAGAUAAGCCCACCAACCAUAGGGUAUUUCCCAUUGCCCAGUGCUCUUCAUUGGCGUCCAAUCUUUCACUGUAGGUCCCCUAAAUAAAGCCGUACUAUUUCUCCAAAGCAAUGUUUCUUCAGUGUAAAUUUUGGGCCCGACUUUGGUUGCGGAAUCCCACACGUCGUCAUCGAUCGUUGCGCUAGGAUCAGAGUCCGUUUUGGGACAUUCCAUUUUACGUAGUGGACGAGCUUGUCUUUGGUUAUGAAUGCAACAAAAAAAUGACAAUCUGGAAGACCGUUCGUGAUGGAGGAAGAGCUGUAGCCUGGCGUCUUAGCUGAGUGGGAUCGUCUGGCUGGGCAUCAACAUGUGCAUCGAGGUAUUUGUCACGAUUGCAGCCCGAUCAUUUUUG